AUGGUCCCGGCGGCGGUGGGCUCUAGACUGCUCCAGCCGCACUCCACGGAAGACGUUGUUGUGGCGGAGGUUCGGAGAGAAGACACGUCGUUUUUCGCCGUCGUCUCAGAGGACGGCAGCAACCACAGUAGCAAUAGCAUUGAUGACACUGUGUUGGCUAACGGCUCCGGAACGAGUCGUGCUCUAGAGCCGAUUCCGGGUCAAAGUGUCGCGCAGAGGGGCUCCCCGGUCACGUCCCAGCAGUUUCGCUGCAGCGCAGGACAGCAUACCCCCUGUUCGCCUGUCUUAAGCACGCAGCUAACACUGAAAAAUGGCUAUGUGAUUGCGCUUCAGAGCAACCGUGAUCCCUCAGGAGGCAUCAAACUUUGCUUGCUGGUGAAGGACCCGUCCGAACAGCUAGAGGCAGCAUUAGACACGCCCGAGCCCUCAAGUCAAGAAUCUGGGUACUCUGCAGAGCUGGGUGCUCUCGAACCCCUAGACACGAGUCUCUGGAGUGUUCCACUGUCUGAAGAGACAUUUACUGGGAAGUAUAUGAUGAAUACAUGGGGAAUAGCUUGCGUGAUCCUCUGGAACAAUUCAAUCCUUCAGUUACUACAAUUUGAGUACCACUCCGACAAAAGGAAGCUUUAUCUGCGGCGUCAACGGAAUGCUGCGCUCAGGCCCGCAAAACCGAACACAUCACAAACACCGUCUGGAGCACAGCGUCCAGCCGAGCGGAACCGCGCUGGUAAACGACGACAAUCGGACUGCGCUCCUGCAGCGAACACUGGAGGUACGGAUACAGUUUUGGAGCAUGAGAACCGGAAAUCUGCAUCCUGGAUAGGAUUGUUUGCGGUGGGUAUCGCCAACACACCAUUCUGUGUCGUCGUGGUAGCAGAAGCGCCUGCUCCGGUCAUUGUUCCUGGACAGCAGAAAGUUGGCCUGCGUCGCAAGUUACGAAGCAAUCAGUGUACUGUUGGUGACCUGGAAGCUACCGCCAAGCACUGGAAGCGCCACCUGCAACUCUGGGACGUAGAGUUUGGGCAGAGACACCAGCUUCUACGCAUUGAAACAGACGAAUCAGAACAGCAUGGGACGUUCUCUACACAUUCGCCGGUACUCGCGAAACAGUACCCCGCGUGGGUCAGCUACGAAGCGGAUACCGCCAAACUGUCGAUCGGCUGGGGCGAGGAAGUGCCGUCUACUGGCGUCCAUUGCUGGCUGGUUUCGCUCCAUGCAACGCUGCCAUCAACGCUGCGAAUGGCGGAUAUGCUUCGGCUCCUGCGUGACCACGACUCGGGAGCGCUGCCGUCUGGCCCCGCGGUGAGUCUGCAGGCUGGACAAGCGCGUCUGCCUGCGCAGUCUAAGGCCAACCGAGUCGCCGCUGGCAAGCUGGAUACGCAACGGGUGCACCAGUCCAGUGAGGCGCCUUCCGUCGAAGCGCUUUGCCAACAGGAAGAGGCGUUGCUCGCAGCGAUCCAGAUCGGAUCGUGGGAACUCUGGGUCAAAGCUUUACAGAACUUUCCCACAUACAGGGAUGCCACCGGAAGCGGCGCACUUGCCGACAGCCCUCAGGGUAUCGUAUUGCGAUCCGCAACGCAUGCCGCUACGGAACCACCAGACCAUUCAGGGUCCGCGUUUUCGUUGAGAGAGCACUUGCUCCACUUGAAUGCGCGCCUGCGUGAAAAGUACAUCGAGAAUGCUAUGGCGGUGGCAUCUUCGCACGGUAUCUUGCAGGAACAGCGGGCAUGUCUUCGCGUGCAGUACAAAGACCUGCGCGCGGCCUUUCCCGAGGCCAGCUCCAUGCCCGCCCUCAGUGAUUUGAUCCCUUUCAUUCCACUGGGUUGUCACUGCACCAAUAUGCCUGUAGGGGAGCAGAUUGGCCUUCUGCUUCAUCAUUUGCGACACAAGCAGUCCGCAGACAGCAACGCAAAGCACCCAGGCGCCACAGGGAGGCUGGUGAACUCGCUCUACGCCUAUCCGCGACCAAGCAGCUCAGAUACGCGAAACGUUCUGCGACAACUUCCUCUGCGAGACGUGUGCUGCAUCCUGACGGACGUUUCGGAGCGCUUGGAGCGCGUCCAUGCCGGUCUUGAGGGUGCUGCUUCGGCGGCACUGGACGGUGCCUUGGAUUUAAGUGUUUGUCUGAUCGAUUUACAUUGGCGAGAACUGGUACUCGGCGAGACCGGCGCCCUUUUCCGCUUUGCCAAUGCGGUAUGCAGGCUGAAAGCGGGUCUCGAUCACGCGGAGCGUCUCUGCGGUCUGCUUGAUCAAUGGCUGCAGGCCGCUUGA